AUGAGGCUCUCACUCCCCGUCGCAUCGCUCUUCCUGAGCACGCUCGUCGCAUCCGAGCCCUUAUCGCUCUUCACCGGUGGCCAGAGAGUCCUCGGUGACAAGGGAGAGGCGGUGCCUGGCGAUAACCCACUCACCUACUGCAACGCCGCCCACGACGCCGACCUGCUCAUCCUCGACUACGUCAACUUGGAUCCUAACCCCCCUCUUGCAGGCACCGUUCUCACGAUCGAGGCUGUUGGGACGCUCUUGGAGACGGUCGGCGAAGGCGCAUAUGUGAAUCUGCAGGUCAAAUAUGGCUUGAUUAAACUCCUCACCACAAGGGCCGAUCUCUGCGAGCAGGUCUCCAAUGUGGAUUUGAAUUGCCCCGUCGAGAAGGGGAAGAUCUCUCUGAUAAAGGAUGUUGAGCUCCCACAGCAGAUCCCUCCUGGAACAUACACUGUCCUUGCUGAUGCCUACACCGUCGACGACAAGCAUAUCGUAUGCUUCGAAGCCACCGUGAAGUUCUCGUAG